GGGUUAACAUCUCUUCAUCAACACUAACUACAACUUCCUACUCAAUCAAUACCCAAGUAACUACACAACUUUCCAAACAAUAAAACACUUAAAUCAACUUCAUCAUCAUGGAUUUCGUCAAAGGUGCCCUCAAGAGUGGUUCAGGAAGCUCAGGAAGCACUGGUAACACCAACCAAGCUGCUGGUGGCGCUGGAAAGGAGGAUUAUGGUGACAAGGCACUCGACUUCAUUGAGAAGAAGUCCGGCCACACUUUAAGCCGCGAUCAAAAUGAGAAAAUCACCGACGGUGCCAGAGGAUUGUAUGAGAAGCAGACCGGAAACGCGGUCAACCCCAAGUUUUCCAACUAGAUUACAAUGUCCAUGAUGCAUUAUGGGAGGCUAAGGCUGAUUGUUAUUAUACCAUGAUUAUAAUUGGAUGGGGUUUGGGAUGGGAUGGGAUGGAAUGGAAUGGACUGGGUUAUGGGCCAUGACGAGAUUUAAUGAAUUGAUACCACACA